AUGUAUGAAUCAUUUUUGACGUGGAAUGAGAGACAUUUUCAUGAAAAGCCACAAACAGAUCUCUUCAUUAAUACCUUUUUUCCUUUUAUUCCUUCUUUUCUCUUUUUGCUUACAUCAUUUUUCCUUCAUUUUUUUCUUUUGUUUCAUUCGUUUAUUCUUCAUUCAUACAUGUUUAGUCUUUUCUCCCUCUUUGCUCUUAUAUUCAUAAUCGUUCUUUCACGUUUUUCUUUUUUAUUUAUUCUUCAUUCAUCCGUGAUUUUCUUUGUUCUUUUUUUAUUUCCGAACUUUACCUGCCUUCAUCAUUUUCCCCUCAUUUUUUGUUCUUUUCUUUCAUUCAUUUAUCUUCAUUCAUAUAAUUUUUUCAAUUCUUCUUUUUGCCCACUUUUCUCUUCCUACAGUCAUCAUUUUUCUUUUAGUUUUGGUUUCAUUCAUUUAUUCUUCAUUCAAUCAUAUUUCUUUCUUUUUAUUUUCAUUCUCUGCUUUCAAUAUUUUUCCUUUCUUUUUCCUUCCUUCAUUCUUAAUCUUUUCUUUAAUUCAGUUAUUCUUCAUUCAUAUUUCUUUCGUUUUUAUUUUGCUUCUCUGCAUUCAAUAUUUUUCCUUUUCUUUUUCCUUCCUUCAACCUUGAUAUUUUGUUUCAUUCAUUUUUUCUUCGUUUAUUUAUUUUUCAUUCAUUCAUAUUUCUUUCAUGUUUAUUUUUCCUUCUCUGCAUUCAAUAUUUUCCUUUAUAUUACUUUCGUUUUUAUUUUCCUUGUUUGUUUUCAAUAUUUUUCCUUUCUUUUUCCUUCCUUCAUCCUUGAUCUUUUGUUACAUUCAUUUAUUCUUCAUCCAUUCAUAUUUCUUUCGUUUUUAUUUUCCUUCUUAGCUUUCAAUAUGUUUCCUUACUUUUUCUUUCCUUUCUCAUUGAACUUUUUUUUCAUUAAUUUAUUCUUCAUUCAUUCACUGCUUUUGUCAUUUCUUUUUUCUUUUAUUCUUUCUUGCUCUUUCCUUUCAUUUAAUUACUUUUCAGUCAUUUAUUUCUUUUUUUAUUGCAUUCAUUCAUUUCAUUUUCCUACAUUCUUCUUCAUGAUUUUUCGUUCUUUCAUUGAUUCCUGUUUUUUUUUUCUUAUGGCGCUUUACUGUCGUUAUUUAUUUUAUUUGUUCCUUCCUUCGUUGUUUUUCUUUCCCAACAUUAUCCCUUCUUGCUUCACUUAUUUUUUCCUUUCCUUCUUUUUUUAUUUUUCUAACUUGUACUUUUGUCUUCAUUUUGAUUUUUGCCUUUCUUUUCUUUCUACAUUACUCUCCCUGCUUUCAUCUUUUCCUUUCUUUCUUCCAUAUUUAUUUUCUUCAUUUAUUCCUCAUUCAUUCAUUUCUUUUGUUUUCUUUUUUCUUUCCUGCUUAUAA